AUGAUAGUGCGCAAUGAGCCGCGGCGGGAUCUCAUAGCCCGUCCGUUCCCUAAGCAGUCUGGACAGGAGAAGCAGCUGCCGAGGGACAGGCCAUUCAAGCCGCCAUGCGUUUACGGCGACCAGAUGCGCGACUACGCCAUCUGGGAUUGUCAGUUCCUGGAGAGGCUCUGGAAGGGGCCUUCCGUCCAACAUUUCUCCAAGCCACCGCAAACGGUGCUCGCAAUUGGCGAGGGUGUAGAGUUUUGGGUUCUCUCCGCGGCGAAGAGGUGGCCUAAUACAAGAUUCUACUGCCAUGAUCUCAGCGGGGUAGGGAGCAAGUUCAAUAGGGUCUUGCCUUACCUAAAUAUAUUCAGCCGGGUCACAUACGUGAAUACCACUGAAUUGGGUCAAUCGUGCCCCUACCCAGACGACUACUUCGAUCUAGUGCUGUUUCGCUUCGUUACUCCAUUCCUACCGGAGAAGAAGUGGGCUAACACAAUCGAGGAAGGCGUACGAGUCGCGAAACCUGGUGGCGUCGUAGAAAUCAUCAGCGACGACCUAAUCUUCCCCGGUGCACGAGUCCGCAAACCGCCACAAUCUUUCCUCACGCCCAAUACACCUUCAACGACAGGACCACUGUCAUCAUCCGACCUCACAUCCUCAUCUCAAACCUCCUUCGACCCUUCAUCAUCCACCGAUGGUCCCCUCUCACCCGGCCCACGAACACAUCGCACCUCGGUGUCACAUUCCGGUACCGGGUUGCGCCCUCGCAUCGAUAGCGCAGACUCGUACUUUCCGCCACCGCAGCUCCCGCCCAUCGAUACCUCGCAUGGCAACCCGUUAGAUCAUUCGCGUUUAGCUGCUGCGUGGGAGGAGAUGCUCGACGCCAGAAGCAUACCGCAGCUGGUCACGUCCGUGGUGCCUUUCUACCUCUCAGCGCUCUCGAACGAGUUUCGCGUGCUGCCUACGCUCGACAUUCGUAUGCCAAAUCCCGUGGCAUCAGGUGCGGACGAGCAGCUUAUUGACGUGAACAAGUACGCCACACUCGGCAAUGCGCGCGUUAAGCACGAUCACGACGUCCAAUCUUCCGAAGACGACCUCUCGCACUCCACGCACUCCCUCUACUCUCUUCACUCAAACGGCACUUCGAUGAGCAACACGGAGUUCCUGGCUGCCAAUGCGCCGAUGCAUCUGGCAAGGGCGGUGCAGAUGGUCAGGAACUGUCGGAAGGCGAUUCAGGAAGCAUAUGAGGCGUUGUAUGGGCAGGAUAUGCAGGGGCCGAGUUGGAAAGCGGUGAAGGUCGCCAAGGGGGAUCACGUUCCUGUCAGCGAGAAAGACGGGAGGUCAGGGAUCGUGGAGCAGUUUGAGCAUGAUUGGCAGAACUGGGAAGAGGAUAUGGCUUCGCGUAUAGGUAUGCGCGAUGUUGCUGCCUCACUGCUGAAGUGGAACGAGCCCGAUGGCGAGCCCCCGAACUGGCGGUUGUGGCGGGAGAAGCUAUGGUAUCCAGCGUCCGAGCGCCUCUCUGGAGACCAACCUAAGGACGUGGAGUUAUGUAGAACUCUGCGCGGUUUCGUCCUCUACAAGCCUACGAAUUGA